AUGUCUGACAAGGAACAAGUUAGUCACAACACCGAUCUAGACCAUCAAGCUACUGGUGUUGAUCCACACGAUGCAGAAGUUGGUCAGAUCUACAGUGCUGGUGAUAAUAACGAAUACAUUUUUAUUGGACGUCAAAAGUUUUUAAAGAGCGACCUAUAUGAAGCGUUCGGCGGUACGUUGAAUCCUGGUUUAGCUCCACCUUCGUUACACAAAUUCGCCAAUCCUGCUCCUCUAGGUUUAUCGGCUUUCGCUUUGACCACUUUUGUGCUAUCUAUGUUCAACGCAAGAGCCAUGGGGAUCACAGUGCCUAACGUUGUUGUGGGUUUGGCAAUGUUUUACGGUGGCCUUGUUCAGUUGAUUGCAGGCAUUUGGGAAAUCGCGCUCGAGAACACUUUUGGUGCUACCGCGCUAUGUUCAUACGGUGGAUUUUGGUUAAGUUUCGGUGCUAUUCACAUCCCAUGGUUUGGUAUCUUGGGGGCCUACGAAGGAAAUGAAAGCGAUCUCAAGAAUGCUUUGGGAUUCUAUCUGCUUGGAUGGUCUAUUUUCACCUUUCUUCUGACAGUUUGUACCUUGAAAUCCACCGUUAUGUUCUUUGCACUGUUUUUCUUCCUUGCGGUCACCUUUCUGCUGUUGUCCAUCGGUGAAUUCGCAGGUAAAGUUGGCGUCACCAGAGCGGGUGGUGUGCUUGGUGUCAUUGUGGCUUUUAUUGCCUGGUACAAUGCCUACGCGGGUGUUGCUACAAGACAGAACUCUUACAUUUUGGCUCGUCCAUUUGUUUUGCCAACAAACGAAAGGACUAUCUUUUAA